ACGAAACUCUACAUCAACGGCUGGAGAUUUUAGCUUGUAAUAGAUGCUAUGCUACAACCUAGAGCAGCGCGUGUUAACUACCUAAAGAACCCGUAUUAUUGAACAGAUCAGUAACCAUACUUCAGAAAAACAGUGAAAGCGGUGCUACAAACAAAGAAAGAAAACUGCGAAGGUGAUAAAUAACAAAAUCAUCAACAACAACAACAACAAAACAAAACGCAGAAUAAAAAUAUUAAAACGUCUCGAACAGAGUAUUGUAAGGGUGGUUUGUGAUAUUACCACCCACUGGAGUAGUCAGAACGCAGUGGCGACGGGUGCGAGAGAUAUUAAGGCGGUGGCGGUAACGCCAUGCACGCCAAUGUACACGCGGACCGCAACUCAUGGAGGUUGCCCCCGGAUGAGACACUUCAGGUGGCCGACCCCAAGGCCAAGAAGGCCGAGGUAGGUGAUGAGGAGGAUUUAGCAUCAGUUGCGGAAGAUGGACAUAAUUGGCUUUCCAUUGUAUUCUCAUUACUUGUGAUUGCUGUGGUGAUUGCGGGUAUUGUAACUGCCAUAUAUUUAUUGGGUUAUGUGGACGAAUUAUUAUAUUGGUCUGGACGUCGUAUGAAAUUAGAUGAAUAUUUACAAGGUGAAUUAAAUGUAGAACGAUUACCACCAGCAUGGAUAUCACAUACACAUUUUGUAUUUCAAGCGGAUGAUGGUGGCCUUGCGUAUUUGGAUACUUCCAAUAAUAAUAUUACACAAUUAGUUUCUAAUCAUACGCUGAGACAAUUAAACGUUCGUGGUUAUCAAUGUUCAUUUGAUCGUCAAUAUGUAUUAUUUAAACAUAAUGUUAAAACAGUAUUCCGUCAUUCAUUUACAGCGCAAUAUACCGUUUAUGAUGUUAAAAAUGAUCAAAACAUCCCUUUACGACUAAAAGACUCACCAAAAGUCCAACCACAACGGUUACAACUUGCUAGUUGGUUGGGUAAUACCAGUGCCUUAGUCAUUGUGGCCGAUAAUGAUAUAUAUCUUCGGACAUCGCCUUCAAUAGAUGAUGAAUAUCGUCUCACAUUCACCGGUAAACCUGAUGUUAUUUAUAAUGGUAUACCCGAUUGGUUAUAUCAAGAGGAUGUGUUCUCGUCAUCCCAGGCGUUAUGGGGCUCACAAGACGGUACUCACAUCAUGUUUGCAACAUUCAACGAUUCGGAUGUGGGUACACUCACGUAUCCAUGGUUUGCAACUGGACCGGUAAUUACAACCAGCACUGGUUUUGGACGACGGGAUAAUUUUCCAGCUGCAAAAACGGUUCGAUAUCCAACUCCUGGAACAACUAAUCCUGUUGUUCAACUCUGGAUAAUCGAUGUCACUAAUGUCACUGAUCCGCAACGAUGGGAAGUGAAACCACCUGUAGCCCUUACUGGCCAAGAUUAUUAUUUGACAUCAGCGAAUUGGAUCAAUGAGAAUAAUCAUGCUGUUGCUGCUGUAUGGAUGAAUCGAGCGCAAAAUUUAAGUAUUGUAUCAUUAUGUCAAGCACCAAAUUGGACAUGUACGGAGGCUCAUGAUGAACGCGCUGUAGAAGAUUCAUGGUUAGACAUUCAACCACAUCCAGUGUUUUCGCCGGAUGGUGAUAGUUUUUUACUGCUGGCAGCAAUCCAAGAAGGGAACACAGAUUACUAUACGCAUAUUAAACAUGUUACGCUAACGCAACAACGGCUAACAGUGUUAAGUCAUGGACGAUAUGAAGUGAUAAAAAUAUUAGAAUGGGAUACUUAUAAUAAUUUAGUUUAUUAUUUAGGAACAGUCGACCAUCGUCCUGGUCAACAACAUUUAUAUGUGGUGCGCGAUCCUACCACCGAUGAUCCUAGAAGAUUCGAGCCGAAAUGUAUAACAUGUGAUUUUAAGGAUUCAUGGACUAAUCGAAAUUUGUAUUCAAAUUGUACUCAUUUCGAUGCGGCUGUAAGUCCAUCUCGAACGACAACCGUUGUUGAAGGUGGUAUUAUCAUGGGUGGUUCUUCAUAUUAUGUAUUACAAUGUUUGGGGCCUGGACUUCCAUUGGCUGCUGUUCAUUCCGUGGAAACACAUCGAUUAUUAAAAAUUUUAUACGAUUCACGGAAUAAACGUGAUCUGCCAUUAUAUCAGUUGGCGUUACCUACACAUCGUUCCAUGGAAGUUCCUUUACCCCAAGGAUAUAAAGCACAUGUACGCUUGUAUUUACCACCAAGUUGGCGUGAAGAAUUACGUGAUGCUGCAUUUCCUGUUUUAGUUGAAGUAAAUGGGCGACCUGGAAGCAGAUCGGUGUCAGAAAAAUUUAAUAUUGAUUGGGGUACAUAUAUGUCUAGUCAUAAUGAUGUUGUUUAUGUAAAAUUAGAUGUUCGGGGUGCACGAGGUUUUGGUGGCAAAAAGCAAUUAUUUAGAAAAUUAGGUGGUGUAGAAGUUCAAGAUCAAAUUUAUGUUCUUAGAUACCUUUUAGAAACAGAGAAAUAUUUGGAUGAAACUAGAAUAGGUGUUUGGGGAUGGGGGUAUGGUGGCUACGUAACAGCCAUGAUUAUGGGCUCGCAACAACAAGUUUUUAAGUGUGGUGUUAGUGUGUCACCAAUUACCGAUUGGUUAUACUAUAAUUCGGCGUUCACGGAAAGGAUUAUGGGUUUACCUGCCGAAAAUUAUAAAGGAUAUGUGGAAGCUGAUGCCACACAACGUGCUAAGCAUAUUCCUUCGCAUUCAUUAUUUGUUUUACAUGGUAUGGCCGAUGUCACUGCCCCGUACACUCAUGGGAUUGAAUUAACUCGAGCACUUGCAGAAGCGGGUGUUAUUUAUAGAUAUCAGAGUUACGCAGAUGAAGGACACGAAUUAGUCGGUGUAUUAGAACACGUGUAUCGCUCCAUGGAAAAUUAUUUGCAGGAGUGCCUUAGCCUGGACAUUGAUGACCCACGACCGGCCCCACCCGGUUCGGUAUAAUAUUCAUAAAUCAGCUCAUAAAACAAUCGUGUGUAAAACUUAUAAUAUAAAAUUUUUUUACAUUUCGCAUAUUUGUGAGAAAACUAAACCAAACCGUUGAUAAAAUAAAUAAUAAUUUUUUGAUUUUAA